GCGCACGCUCGCUCUUUUCUGCCACGUCGAUCGCAAUGGCCCCUCCUUCUGCCCACCGGGUAGCUCCCCGGUAUCCCACGUACAAGAGCCCCUACGGCCCGAAAUACUUCUACCAGCCCCAGUUCUACGGCAUCACCCCCAGAGAAGCCGCGAAGCUUGGCCUCAAGGCUGGUCUCUUCGGCGGUGUUGCGCUCUUCGCCGUCGUCUUCUACGCCUCUGGCAUUCCCAGGAUACAGAGGGACAUUCUCCAGAAGAUUCCUUUUGUCCGCCAAUACUUUAUCAAGGAGAUCCCCGCCUCGGACAACCCGUUCUAAACGCCUGGUCUCGAGCCGGGCAUCUGUGAUAGUUCAAGUUGGCGCGAGGAUUGGGGAUCGGGGUUGUGCUUUGCGCUGCCUCAUGUGCGUG